UUGUGAAAGCGAGAGGAGGCCGGUACAAUGCUUAGUCAUGGUGAGUUACAGCUUUCCCCCUCCUUCCUAUGUGGCGCACAGCUCGGCACACCGCGAUGGAGGAAUUGAACUAGACAACUCGUCAGCUGAACCAAAAGCUUCCGAGUAAACAAGCAGAUUCCAGAGCUGAGCACAACCUCGAGGAACGCGUCUCCGGAGAAAGCCACCAAACACCGCCCCUCCCCACUCCCAAAGGGUCCAAGUUACGCGUAUGACACUUCUGGCACUCUGCAAGGGUUUUUCUUUUUUUCUUUUUUUCUUUCAACACCACUUCUACUGCCUCAUCCACAGUAUCUGAUUCUGCCGCUCUCAGCACAAGUGUAGCCCUCUGAAGAGAGCUUUAAUUAUGACCUCGUUAAAAUGAAGCAGUAAAUCUGUUUUUCCCUCUCCAGAGUAUUCAGUAUGCAAAACUGACCUGCACCUGUGGUGAAUCUGGCAAACAUUUAUGUUAAUAUUUAAAUAAGUUUAUUUCUUGUGAAUAUCUGAUUAAUUGCUUGUAUUGGAGACAUUUCAAACCGUCCAAACACAUUGGGUGUGUCUGUCCUGAGACAGACAGGAAAGAGACAGACUGAUUGACAGGUUUCAGUUGAUUCCCCGAAGAGAAGAAAAACACUGUUGACAACACAAACAUUUGAAGUUAGAUUUCUUUGUGGCUUGCACUCGUUCGGUUUGUACAUUCUGAACCUGUUCGUCAGUUUGCAGUCGCUGGACGAAGCCAGAGGAAUCCUGAACUCAAGAUAUAUUGAUUAUGUUGGAACUGCAACAUGUAAAAGUACAUACAGCCAUGACCGGCAGCUCACAUAGAAGUCUCUAGUAAUGCCAUAAUGAGCAGUAUGGCUGGACUCAAGUACUGAACAGAGCAAGGAAAUCCCCAUGUCCACAUAAAUCUGACUUAAACUUGAACUCUUCCACACAAAGAAGCCCCCAGGAGAGCCCGGAGCUCUGUGUUAAAGCCGUCUGCCAAGUGUCGGGCCAAACUCUUCUUUUAUUCUACCCACGCCUGCGCAUGGUGCAAGGAUGCCCCAUCACACUGCCCACUGUUCUUGAGAAAGAGACCAAGGAGGAGGAGACAGGGUAGGAAAUGACAGAGUGCCUGACAGAAUACAAAGCGCUGGUGACUCCGUCCACGCGCAACGGCCACCGUGUCUUCAGCUACACACUAGAGAGCCACACGGCGGCCGCCUUCGCCAUCAUGAACGAGCUGCGUCUGGAGCGGCAGCUGUGUGACGUCACGCUGCGUGUGCGCUACAAGGACCUGGAGGCGGUGGACUUUGUGGCUCACAAGGUGGUGUUGGCCUCCUCGUCCCCGGUCUUUAGGGCCAUGUUCACUAACGGCCUGAAGGAGUGCGGUAUGGAGCUGGUGCCCAUCGAGGGGAUCCAUCCCAGGGUGAGUCAGAGCUCUUCUUUCCUUGAUGUAAUCUCUGUUGGGGAGAAGUGCGUGAUUCAUGUGAUGAACGGUGCUGUCAUGUACCAGAUAGACAGCGUGGUGAAGGCCUGCUGCGACUUCCUCGUCCAACAGCUUGACCCCAGCAACGCCAUCGGUAUUGCCAACUUCGCCGAGCAGAUCGCUUGCACGGAGCUCCACCAAAAGGCCCGCGAAUACAUCUACAUGAACUUCAGCCAGGUGGCGACCCAGGAGGAGUUCUUCAACUUGUCCCACUGCCAGCUGGUCACCCUCAUUAGCCGCGAUGAGCUCAAUGUGCGCUGCGAGUCUGAAGUCUUCCAGGCCUGCGUGGCCUGGGUGCGUUACGACCGGGAGAACCGGCGACCGUAUGUCCAGGCGUUGCUCCAGGCUGUCCGCUGCCAUUCCCUCACCCCCAACUUCCUGCAGGCCCAGCUCCAGUCUCUGGACUGGGACCCCCAGUGUAAGGACUACCUGGCCCAGAUCUUCCAAGACCUCACCCUCCACAAACCCACAAAAGUUAUUCCUUGCCGAACACCCAAGGUGCCGCAGCUCAUCUACACAGCGGGGGGUUAUUUCCGUCAGUCUCUCAGCUACCUGGAGGCGUAUAAUCCCUGCACAGGAUCCUGGCUGAGGCUGGCUGACCUGCAGGUGCCCCGCAGCGGUCUGGCAGCCUGUGUGAUCAGCGGGCUUUUCUACGCCGUCGGCGGAAGGAACAACGCGCCUGAUGGCAACAUGGACUCCAAUGCAUUGGAUUGCUACAACCCCAUGAACAACUGCUGGCUGCCGUGUGCACCGAUGAGCGUACCGCGGAACCGAAUCGGAGUUGGCGUCAUAGAUUGCAUGAUAUAUGCAGUCGGUGGAUCCCAUGGGUGCAUUCAUCACAAUAGUGUUGAGAGGUAUGAUCCAGAAAGGGACCAGUGGCAGCUGGUGGCCCCCAUGUUGACACGGCGUAUCGGUGUGGGUGUUGCAGUCAUCAACCGGCUGCUUUAUGCUGUGGGUGGAUUUGACGGGGCAAACCGGCUCAGCUCCUGCGAGUGCUACAACCCUGAGAGGGACGAGUGGAGGACCAUGGCCCCUAUGAACACAGUCCGCUCUGGAGCUGGUGUGUGCUCUCUGGGGAAUCACAUCUUUGUGAUGGGUGGCUACGACGGCACCAACCAGCUGAACACAGUGGAGCGAUAUGAUGUGGAAACAGAUACGUGGAGCUUUGCUGCCUCCAUGAGGCACCGACGCAGUGCUCUGGGAGUAACUGCAUUACAUGGACGCAUCUAUGUGCUGGGAGGUUACGAUGGUAACACUUUCCUGGACAGUGUGGAGUGUUAUGACCCUGAGAAGGACACCUGGUCGGAGGUGACUCACAUGACAUCAGGACGCAGCGGCGUGGGUGUGGCCGUCACCAUGGAGCCGUGCCAGAAAGAUCUGCCACAAUGUCAGAAUUCUGAGAGGGAGAUCGGUGCCCUGUCACCAGCCUUUCAGUCAGCCAACACCAGUUUCAGCUCUCACCAUAGUCAGCGGCACAGCGGGGCAUUCGGCAAGGGCACAUGAGGCUCAUCGCUCAACCCUGUCUCGCACACACACGCACACACACACACGCGCGCACACACACACACACACACACACACACACACACACACACACACACACACACACACACACACACACACACACACACACACACACACACACACACACACACACACACACACACACACACACACACACACACACACACACACACACACAAACAAGCACCCCAAAACUCCACUGUGUCUUCCCAAAAAGAAAGUCCCUCACAACUGAUUGGAGACAGAGGUGAGCUGAAAAAACACAUGCUGCCUCACUGGUUCAAGAGAUCACACUUGAUGUGAAAGCAUAAAAACAAAAAAAAACUAAAUCAUUAACACUUUAUUUUAAAAGUGCAGUGUUGACAGUCAUCUGUAAGGUGAUUUAAAAAUAAAAUAAAACCUAAUUUAAGGAUCCGCAUUGGACUUUCCAAAUCAAGUAUGAUCCCUGAUCCUACAGUCCACUUUUCUAGACCUGAAAGUUGAUUUAAUUUGUUAAAUUGUGUUCCACCAAAUCUGAGAGACAUCAGUCCGUCUGUGUUUUCAGAUCUGGUAUUUGAAGUCCUCAGUCGGACCAUCAUCUCCCAGGUUUGAGCCAUGGGAGGAAAGGGCUGCAUAUGAAAUAGGGCCAUUUACUGGCUCAAAGAGUCAUCUGUCAUCUUCACACUUCAAGCUAAAGUUGAAUCUGAGGGAAGAAAUGAUAAUGAUUGAAAUGAUCCCAUUAUAUUAUCACAAAAAAGUAGCAUAUGUCAGCACAGGCAGUAGAGUUAAAAGUGCCAUUACGAUGCCUGUGGGCAUCACUGUCAUCAGUAUAUUUACUUGAGGUGCUUGGAUGGAAAAGCACAGACAUUCACUGUGUGCUGUGUAGAAAUCGGUAAAGUUAACUCAGAUGGCCACAAGAUGAAGCUAAUAUAUGAGAACGGGCCUCAUGCAAAAACGUCUUCUGUGCCCUCAUCAGAAACCUCUUACUUCUGUUUUUACAGGUCAGAUUCAACAAACGUUCAUAACUGCACAAGCUUGUUGUAAGUUUCAGCUUCCUGUUCAUUUGUGAAAUUCUUUAAUUAGCAUAAUCAAUUCACCCACAAUUGCUUUCUGAAGCUUGUUUCGCUCCGUUUGUGGGCAAGUUUUAUUCACAAAAUCAUCACCCAGGAUUAAAACAAAUAGAAUUUCCCACUGUCGAGUUUUGACUCAAAUGAUCACAUAACAAAUCCAGCUGUCUGUAGUCGUAUUAGUGGACUGGAACAAACGGACACAGAAAUAAAGACUGGUUUGAUCUGGAAGAUAAAUUGUCCAUAACUAAAAUGAGAAACAGCGGUCAGGGCAGCAGGAUGCUCUGGGAGUGAACGAGAUAAUAUAUUCCAUCAAACAGAAGGUGAUGUUACACAGUUGGGUGAUAUAACAGAGUGUGAACAUCACCUGCACAGUGACCUGCAUUAAAACCCUGUGGGGUUUUGGGCUUAACCUUGAACAUUUUGACUGUAGGCCAAUAAUAAUAAUUGAAUCUAAUAAUACAUAAUUUUAAAUUUAAGCUGGUGUGAAGCUUGAACAGAAGAGAAGAAAUGGCAGAGCAUAGCCCACAUAAUUUCUGACAGUUUUUGAGGUACACGUUUCAAAUUCUCGAUGAUUAAAACAUGUAAAAGCAUCAAAAUAGAGCUUUAUUAUCAAAUAAAUAACUAAAAUUGGCCCCACCAUCAUUUUUAGCAUCAUUUUCGCGCUCUGCCUGUUUGAAAUCGCGUCUGCAAAUUGCUGCAUUUCCACUGACCUGCCUAAUUUGUUAACACUUCACCUGUGUUGUUUUCAGAGCAGACCCGCUCACAGAAAUCAGAUCUUUUCUCACGGAUUUAUGUCCUCUGCCGGGUUUUGUUCUUGCAUGAGGCCCAGAGUCUCAAAGUGCUGGUACAAGAGAAGCAGGACCUUAAAAAUAACCACAUUGUAACAAAAGUGUUCUUUAACUAAUAGCCACUGGUAUGAUCAUAAAAUGUGAUUUUGUUGUUUUGGAGAGGUGUCCAAGAGUGAUUGUUGCUUCUUGUGAGGCUGUCAGUCUGCUCCGGUGUAAGUGGUGUGUGGAGUGCCAAGAGAGCCAAGAAACAGGUGUGUUAGAGGAAACAGAAUACUGUAGCAUUUUAAAAACGUGGAUUCAAACAUCUCAUUUGAUGUGUUUUUAUAAAAAAAAAAAACACUAAUUACUGACACAAUUAAGAAACCUCCCCUUGCAGUUGACUUUUUUUUGGUUUUCACUUCCAUCAAACCUCAGAAACAGAAGUGACCAUGUUUGUGCAUCAGUGUUCAGAUAUUGUGCACUGAUGACGACAACUUGCUUAAAGAAGCGUAUUUGUAACAGCAAUUUAAGCUACAAAGGUUUUUAAGUGAUGUUUUGUACAUUGAUAUUCUACGAAGUCUUGUACAGAAUUUCAGAGCUCACUUUUUUAUUUAUUUGUUCAGGAUCGUUUUGGUUUUCUCGUUCUUCUAAACUGACAUCAGCUUUGUAUUGAAUUGGACUCUGGUGUUGUGUUUUUGAUUAACUAGCAUGCAUUGUAACUAAGUAGAAUGCCUGUCGAUGCUAAUUUUU